AAUCAGGCGGUAUAGGGUGUAUCGUACUGGUUCAGUACUGGGUUAUGAUAUAGAGGGCAUACCGGCAUUUAGUACACAAAAUUAGCUUCUGUAUCGAUUUUUAUGCCGGACGUAAUGAUAUAGUGGCAUUGGUAAGGGCCGGUACCAAGAUAAGCUCUACAAGGUUUUGAAACAGCCCACUAUGGAGUUUUUAUGCUAUAUAGGAGCAGCAAUUUGGUAUCCUUUUGUAAAAGGAGGAGGUAGGAAAAGUAGAUGGCCUGUGCCCAUCUGUAAAAUGAUAGUAGGACAGGUGUGAGACCACAAAGGCAAAAGGUAGAAUGUUUCAAAUGGAGAGCAAAACCUCCUUGAAAGCAAAGAGGGGGAGAUAAAAAAACAGUGAGCGGUGUGUAUGUGAGUGCGUGAGAUGACGAGGGGCAUUUCACAAAACUUAGCCUGCAAAUAAUAGCGACCUUAGGCUGAUGUGUUUUUGGUCUCGGAGUCUUCGGCUCUCCAGCAUCCAAGGCCACAACAAGAACAAGAAAAGCUAAUUUAGAGAUACAAGAACUUCUUGGGUGGCUAGUUUCUCCACUGAGGGGCCAGGAGAGGAGCUUAGAAGCUGGAGUCUGGUGCUCCGCCGGGGAAUGUGACUCGUCCUCUCCACCAAACGGCUAGCUGGUGCUGGAAUUCGAGAAGAUAGAAGGAGAUCGAGAUAGGGCCGAGGCGGAGAACCAGAUCUCUCCCUGGGGAUCAUGGUGGCCGCCAUCCCCGCCGCUUCUCCGACCACCACCGCCUCGGCUGCCUCCACUUCCCCUGGCCCCAAAAACCCCUCCCUCCCCGACGAUCUCCAUAGCCCCUCCCGUCGCCCUCUCAUCCCCUCCGAGAAGGACAAUGCCGCCGCCGUUGCUGCUGCUGUCUCCCGCCGCCCCCGUACCAAAGAGAUCUCCUCUCGGUACCUCUCUCCCUACUCCUCCUCGUCUUCGACUACCUCUACUUCAUACUCUUCUUCCAAUUCCUACUCUUCUUCGAACUCUUCUUCGAGUUCCCGGCGCUUCCCCUCGCCUCUGAUAUCCUCCCGGCCCUCCACGCCACCGGCAUUGGCCCCUAAGAGAUCCCAGUCCGUCGAUCGGAGCCGUCCCUCCACCCCUCGCCCUGAUCCCCGGCCCGCCCCCGCCGAGCCCUCCGCCGCCGCCCGAGCCCUCUGCACCACCACGCGAAGCCUCUCCGUCUCGUUCCAGGGGGAGUCCUUCUUCUACCAGACCAGCCGCGCCAAAGCCACCUCCCCCAGCCCCGCCCGCAAGCCCGCCCCCGCGCACCGGAGGACCAACUCAGCUGCCGCUACCCCUGCCAGAGCCAGCGAUCAGUCGGAGAACUCCCGGCCCUUUGAGAACCACCAUCGCUGGCCCGCUGCCAGACCUCGGCAGUCGAACCCCUUGAUGAGGAGCUUGGACUGCAAUUUGGAGAAGAAAGGUUCCAUCUUGGCCACGGUCCAUUUGCUGCAGCAGUCAAUGGUGUUCGACGACGGCACGCGCCGUGCAUCCUUUGAUGGGGGCGACCUUUCGGCAUCAUCGGAUACUGACAGUGUGUCCUCCGGCAGCAAUUCAGGGGCGCAGGAGCUUAGUGUGCCCUCAAGGGCACGGGUCACUCCUCGUGGAAUUAGUGUGCCUGCAAGGUUCUGGCAGGAGACCAACAGCCGACUACGCCGGCUUCCAGAGCCGGGCACGCCAUUGUUGUCGUCAGGCUCCAGGACUGCAGCCCCACCGAAGCUUGGUUUGACAAAGAAAUCAUUGGUAGAUAGCCCUUCGUCAUCUCCUCGGUCGGUUUCUUCUCCACUCCGUGGACCCAUGAGGCCAUCUUCUCCGAGUAAGAUUACAGCUUCUCCCUCAAGGGGAAUGGCCAGUCCUUUGCGAAUGAGGAACAAUGGAUCAGUGAGUUCCUCUCCAAUUGGUCAGCCGGGUAAUGCGCCUUCAAUUAUAAGCUUUGCAGCAGAAGUGAGGAGGGCAAAGAAAGGGGAGAACCGGAUUGAGGAAGCACACUUGUUGAGGCUGUUUCAUAAUCGACACUUGCAAUGGCGUUGGGUGAAUGCAAGGGCCAAUGCUGCGCUAUUGGUGCAGAGACUGACCGCAGAGAAAAAUUUGUAUAAUGCAUGGAUAACUACAUCAGAGUUGCGUGAUUCUGUCACUUUUAAAAGGACCAAGCUACAGCUUAUGAAACAAAAUCUAAAACUAACUUCCAUUCUUAAGGGACAAAUGACUUAUUUGGAGGAGUGGUCUCUUUUGGAUAGAGAUCAUUCUAGUGCUUUAUCAGGAGCUAUCGAAGCAUUAAAGGCUAGCACGCUCCGUCUUCCGGUCGUUGGAGGAGCAAAGGCGGACAUCCAAGAAGUGAAAGAUGCUGUUGGUUCAGCAGUUGACGUGUUGCAGUCAAUGGGAUCCUCCAUAUGUUCUCUAUUGUCGAAGGUAGAAGGAACUAGUUCCUUGGUGUCUGAACUGGCUAAAAUGGCAGCUCAAGAGCAAGCAUUACUAGAUCAAUCCAGAGAUCUCUUGUCCACAGUAGCAGCUAUGCAUGUGAGACAAUGUAGCCUGCAAGGGCAUAUAGUACAGCUAAAACGGAAACCCAGCCAGAUGAAAUUGUAGAGCCAAUUCUGUUUCUGCCUUCGUGAUCACUAACAUCACUGCAACCUCUUCUUUUUCUAACUGGAGAUUGUGCCAAUGGUAAUAAAGCAUGGUGGUUUGUUGGGAGCGAAGCGAGUGCCUCUAAAUCUUCUGUUGAUCUCACCUAGGGUGGCUGAUUCAUGUAUUUUUGUAUGGAUACUACCACAGGAAUGGCCUUUUUCCUUGCAGGAUAUACAUUAGCUGUAUACAGAAUACUUUUUUCCUGUACUGAUCAAAGAAAAGCUUUUGUAUAUAUUAAUGCUUUCUUUUUGGUUGGAGAGAAGGAAGAUCACCAGUUUCUUUA